AUGGUCAAAAACUCAACAGAACACAGCUUCUCUGCUUUCUUCUUGGUUGGGAUUCCUGGACUGGAGGCCUUUCACUGCUGGUUCAGCAUCCCUAUCUUCCUCUUUUAUAUUCUGACCCUACUGGGGAACACCCUCAUCAUCCUCACAAUCAAGUGGGAACCCAGCCUCCACCAGCCCAUGUUUUACUUUCUCUGUAUGCUGGGCCUCAAUGAUAUGGCUGUCGCCUCUUCCACAGCCCCCAGAAUGCUCAGCAUCUUCUGGUUGGAUGCCCACCUCAUUGAAUUUGAUGCCUGUCUGGCUCAAAUGUACUUUAUCCACACCUUCUCCAUCAUCGAGUCGGCCCUAUUGGUGUCUAUGGCCUUUGACCGAUAUGUGGCCAUAUGCCACCCACUUCACUAUGGCACUAUUCUGACUACCUCUCUGGUCAUUAGAAUGGGAGUGGUUGGAGCUGCCCGGGCCAUUAUUAUGGUCUUACCUUGUCCCCUUCUCAUAUUAAGACUACCCUACUGCACCAAAUAUAUCAUCAAACAUGUCUACUGUGAACACAUGGCCAUAGUUAAAUUGGCAUGUGCAAACACCCUCAUCAAUCGAGCAUAUGGCAUCUUUGUUGCACUCUCUGUCAUGUUAAUAGACCUAGGUCUAAUCAUAGUGUCCUACAUCAAAAUCCUCCAGGCUGUCUUCAGACUCUCCUCCAAGGAAGCCCGAUCUAAAGCCCUGGGCACAUGUGCUGCCCAUGUUUCCACAAUUCUGGUCUCCUACAUACCUGCUUUGUUUAGCUCUCUAACCCAUCGCAUUGGUAAGAAAGUGCCCCCAUCCAUCCACAUCAUCUUUGCCAGCAUCUACCUUCUGGUGCCUCCUACAGUUAACCCCUUAAUCUAUGGUGUGAAAACAAAACAGAUCCGUGAUCGAGUGAUGCAAAUGUUCUUCCCAAACCAGAAGCCUAGCGAACACUAG